AUGCAGUGCUCGGUGGCCAUGACUCUCCAGUGCUCCGCUUUCGAACUUCCUUCUAGUUGCCUCUGCUGGCAGGCUGCCUUCACUUAUAACGGCAACAGGGUCUGCGGGUCGUCGACGGCGCUUCAGAACCCGGUGAACGUCGAAAGAAGCCUGAAAGUGAAUCUGUACGGCGUCGGGGCGAGUGGACCGGGAUUCAACUGCACAGUCACCUGCGGGAAUCUCCAAUGGAUAUUUAAAAAAAGGACAUCCGACAUGCCAUCAAAUGGAUAUGUCCAAGGAUUAUCCUUGGACGAGACAUUUUGUCAUUUGGUGGAUUUCCGAGGAGGAUAUGCAUUGGAUGUCCAGGUGCCCAUGAGGGUGCUGCGACCCCACCGAGACCUUCGUAUUGUAAGUUCCCGGAAAGGGAACGUCAAGCAUUCCACUUUUCAUUUAAGACCAUGCACCGUCCCAAUAAUUGCCCCAAAUAAUCUCUUAGCUUGCGGAAUCUCUCGGAUCGCCUCCAGAUCUGAGCUCUACCCAAGAGAGAACCCUGCGAAAGGCACACGCGGGUUGGAAUUUGACAGAACACUUGGCGUAACCCCUGUUCCUAAUCAGGGAAAAUUUCCUUGGAUGGUGAGGGUAAUCCAGGAUCAUUCAGAUGUGAAGGGACCCGCAUCAAUGAUAGAUAUGUUCUCACUUCUGCCUUUUGUCUCGGAGGGCCCACCAGGAAUCUUAUACGCGACCUUGGGAGACCUGGAUAGAUCGACUUCAUCUGAAAGUCAAUCCGUUGAUAUUCCCGCGAUUCGCAUCAUGCAUCCUGGACUUGGUACCCCGACAAACAUUUUCAACGACAUCGGUCUGCUAAGACUUCAGACUCCGGUGAACUUCCAAAUUUAUCCCCAUAUCCGCCCCAUGUGUCUCUCCUCCUCGAGUGCCAUCCCCCGUGCUGGAGAAACGGUCACAAUCGCCGCAUGGGGCGGAAUCGGGGGUGAGCCUGCCUCGAUGAAGCUGAUGGAAACGACGAUGAAGGUCCGAGAGAAUUGCGACGGCUCGUUUGGUUCGCUCGGCUCGUUCUACGCGAAUUUCACCAGCUUCAUAUGUGCCGAGGGAGCAGUAAAAGUCUGUUACGGUUACGGUGAGUGUUCCGGGAGACCCUUGAUGUACCAAACUCGGGCUGGUUACUAUGAAGACUUCGGAGUCAUCGCCAAUACGAGUCCUGAUUGUUGGCAUCAUUACGAUGCAGUCUUCACGAAAACAGCAAGCUAUGUGGACUACAUCAAGAACAGCACCGGGGACGCUCAGUGGUGUCCACCGCCAGGUUCAGCAUCCUGAAUCUUCCCAUCGUUUCAUUAUCGUCAUUUUUCAUUA